GGGGCAAACACAACCAUAGACAUCUUAUAUCAUAUGUAUAUGUCUAUGAACACAACACCUGACCGGAACCAUCGUCCUACAUCCUGUUUCCGCCCGGAGUCAUUUGAAGCAGGCACUGCAAGCGUGUUGUGUAUACUGGAAACGUCCAUGCUUAAAUAUCUGAUAGUGAUGAUUCAAGUAUUUCAGUAAAGGGCAGCCAUAAAACGAGUCAAUGUAACCGGAAGAAUAAUCUUCAGCGACAAACGGACAUUUUAUCGUGCAAACAUAUAGAUCUGACUUCUCCAGUCAGCCGCCAUGGGGCUUAAGCGACAGAAACAAGCCAAGAAAACUAUAAGUUUCUACAAAUACAACUUCAGCUUCAGGGAACCCUUUCAGAUCCUCAUCGAUGGGACUUUUUGUCAGGCGGCUUUGAAGAACAAGAUCCAGAUAAAGGAACAAAUGCCCAAAUACCUGAUGGGAGAGGUGCAGCUGUGUACCACAAGCUGUGCUCUGAAAGAACUGGACACUCUGGGGAAAGAGCUUUAUGGAGCCAAAAUCAUCCUGCAGAGGUUUCAGGCGAGGAGGUGUCCACAUUUUAAGGAGCCUGUUUCUGCUUCAGAGUGUCUGCUGUCCAUGCUGGGGGACACAAACCCACACCACUACUUUGUGGCAACACAGGACCACACAUUAACUGCAGGCCUGAAGAAGAUCCCUGGCGUUCCUCUGCUCUACAUCAUCCUCAACACCAUCGUGCUGGACAAGCCCUGCCAGACGUCCCUCGACCACGUCCAGGCCGUCCAGCUGGGAGAGCUGGUGAGCCCGGCCCAGCAGCAGAGCAUCCGCAGCCUGAAGGAGGAGCAGGGCAUCGGCCAGAAGGACGGAGAGAGGCGGGGGAAGAAGAGAAAGAGGAAACAGAGCAACCCCAAUCCUCUGAGCUGCCUGAAAAAGAAGAAGAAAGGCGGGCCGACACCACCCAAGAAGACUGAGCAGGGGGAGAAGAAGAAAAGGAGUCGACACAAGAAACAGAAGACGGAAGGAGGUGACAACAUGUCUGCUCCUGUUGCUACAAAUACAUAGUUCAGGAGGAAGACAGGGACUUUUUUUUCUUGCAUAAAUAUUAUUUGAAGAUAUCCAUGAUCCCAAUCCUAAAUAAUAAGACUCACAGUCUGUAUUUACAAUCUUACAGCAUAGAAUAAAUGAACGUUUAUCACAUGAUUACAUUUUAAAAUACUGCUUAUUGUAUUUGUUUUAUUUUGAAAAAUGUGCAACAGUUUCCGGGACUCAAGACUUACAGGCAUAAGACUGAAACUGGCAUUAUUUUUAAGAUUGACAAGAUUUGUUUUGGCUUUUUAUACAAAAUAAAAAAGCAGGUUUACAGGCACAUAGUUCAGCAUAUAAGAUGCACUCAGACAUUACAUGAAAUACAGUUCAUAUGGAAGGGGAGACCAAAAGUGAUGCAGUCAGCUGCAGAAGCAUAAGAAGAGUUGUCUCAGUAACUUGUUUGUCUGCAAGUUUUUUUUUUUCCUGUUAACUGUAAUAUUUUGUAAUUGAAUCUUCAGUAUUUUCCCAAGUCCAAACAACCACGUUCAUAACAAAUAUAUCCAUUCACUCUUCACUUGAUAUUGAAAAUGAUAUUAUCAAGUCAUUCUUUAGAUUAAAAAUCCAUUUUGCUCUUAAAUAAAAAAGCAGUGAAUUCUCUUCAUAUGUUAUGUUAAUAAAUUAAUAUUGAACAAG